AUGACUGACAUUUAAUGGUGGACGUAAAUAACGUUGUACCAGCGUCGUACGGUUUUAUUAAUUUCUAUAUAAUAUUUCGUGCUAUUUGUGAGUUGUAAACAAACUUAAAAUGUCGGAAAGAAAAGUAUUAAACAAAUACUAUCCCCCGGACUUCGAUCCAUCGAAGAUUCCGCGCAUGAAAUUGGCGAAAAAUCGUCAAUAUACUGUUCGUCUUAUGGCGCCUUUCAACAUGCGAUGUGCAACCUGUGGAGAGUACAUUUACAAGGGGAAGAAGUUCAACGCGAGGAAGGAGGACGUCGAGAACGAGGACUAUCUGGGUAUAAGGAUUUACAGGUUUUAUAUCAAAUGCACGAGAUGCCUCCAGGAGAUAUCAUUUAAGACGGACCCGAAGAACACAGACUAUGAGAUUGAGGCCGGUGCUACGAGGAACUUCAUGGCCCUGAAGCUGGCCGAGGAACAAGCUAAGAGGGAAGAAGACGAGCAGAAAGAGGAGGAGGCUAAUAACCCCAUGAAAUUACUUGAGUACAGAACAGAACAAUCGAGACAAGAGAUAGAACUACUGGAGAGCUUGGAGGAGUUGAAGGAGUUGAACCGUCGGCAGCAGGCGGUGGACUAUGAAGGGAUGUUGAAACAGUACCAGCCGGAGACAGCAGACGAACGGAAGGCCAGGGAGGAGAAGGAAGACAACGAGUUUAUUAAAUCAAUAAAGUUCGGCAGCUCAUCAACACAGAAGGUUGUUGCCGAGGAGAUCAUCGAGGACGUAGAAGACGAACCUCCAGCCAAAACCUCCAGGAUAGAAGUGUUACCACCAAAGACCACAGAUAGUAAGAAGAAGGAAACCUGGAAUAGAAGUAUAGGUGUGUUGACAAAGAAACCAGCACUAGCCAACCUUGUUAAGAGCAAGAAAGUAGAUACGUUGAAUGGAAGUGCAGAAGUGAAUAAGAAAGAAGACAGUGGUAGUGUGGGUGUAAAUAGUGCCACAUCCAGUGUAACGUCUAGUACUAAUUCAGUGACAGCCCCGGCUGCUUCAGGGCUAUCACUGUUGGCGAAUUAUUCCGGCAGUGACAGUGACCAAAGUGAGUGAGUACUUUAUAAGUUACAGGGUAGUUUCCGACUAGUCAAAUCAGUUACUUUUUACAAAAUGUCAAAACACGAAAUUACUAUUGAAUUUGUUUGAAAAAGAAACCUGUGACGUCAUAGAAAAACGUGACAAAAUCUCGCUGUUAUAAUUCAUAAAUAAGUUAAAUAGAAAAAAGAAAAUGUGACUCCUUUAGAUCUUUAUUUAGUGAUCAGAAAUUCACAAUUUAUCUUUGACCUAGGAAACUACCCAAUUACUAUAUUAUGUAUAGUGACUUUAAUAGGUGUAAGAUUAAUAUUAAGCUGUUGAAUAUUUUGGUGAUUACAAAAUACAAUUUGUAUAAAACUAA